AUGUCUGACGCAUCCAACUCUGCUCCGAACGUCCAUCGUCCACACUCUUCGAGACUCCAGCACUCUCCGUCGCUGCCCAACAUCUGGUACGUCGCCGCCGGCCUUCUUUUUCUAUACUUCACGUCUCUGACGAUUUUUCUCAUCCUUUGCGGACAGGUUUCCCCCGCAUUCUGGUCCUAUCCCUCGCGAAAUGGUGAAAAACGAGACGGCCACAUUGCAAGGACCUUCCGCCCCCUCUUCCCAAAAAUCCAUCUACUUAGCUCCCCGUCCGAAAAGCCCGAUGCACGCUCCCGACACGUUAAAUACGCCUCCAUCGACCCGGUCUAUCGCAAAAAGACAACCUCAGCGAAAACUCAUGCACGCCGUCGUACCGAACGCGAUCAGCCUCAUUCGCUACUCACGCCUCCACUCACUCCUUCGUCAAGCAUCCGCACGACUGCCAGCAGGGACUCGCGGGAAGGCGCCGGUACGCAGCAAGACCACGAGGAGCCGAACACGAGUGAAGAGAUCACAGAUACCGACCCGGACUCGACACGCAUCGUUUUGCUCGGAAAUGUCAACUCUUGCGUUACAAUGGAUGCGCUGGAAGCGGCUGUCCUCGAGACACUCUCUAGCGCGCCGGUAGACGCCAAUGCAGUCUCGACUAAUGCUGACGGAGGCUCCACACUUGCCACGCGCUAUCGUCGGCCAUUCAUCCGUGGCGUUAAUCAGCGGGUUUUGCAACCUGAAGGAUUGGUCCCGGUCGGCUUUCACGAUGUUCGAGUUGCGAAGAUUAUAAGAGACUUGGUUUCCAACCCGGACUCGGUUCAGAUGCCGCAGUGCCUGGGUGAUGCCACUGACGGGGCUGGGAAACCCGUUGGAAGGCUCAGUGCUCGACUGGUCACAGCGGAAGAGCUCUCAAAGAGGCUCGGAAAUUCUCCGUUCUUGGGUAGCAUCGACGGAGCGUUCUUCCUCUCGAUCCAGAAAAUCAGCCCUAAUGUCAUACCUCAAGAAGCUACUAGUGCUAUCGACGACGUUGCGCGUGCCGUCGAGGCGAUGAAAAUGUCGGACGAAAAGCCAGAGCAGAAUUUUACAAGAGGAAAUAUCAACUCGUUCGUCCUUCAGAGUAUCGUGAAGUCAUUCGGGAGCAUUCGGUUCUUUACCUACUCUCGAGAGGAAGUCAAUGAGGAUAACUCAACCUCCCUCAUCUACCGCAUUGAAUACCACGACACGAGAGACGCGGACGUUGCUUACAAGGAACUCGAAGGUCAAACGAUGUUUGGUAUGAAGAUUGGAGUCUUUGGCAAGGCCGAAUCCCCGACUCGUCCAGCUCAAAAAGCGCCGGUCGUAGGCGAGAUACCCUUCCCCAGCGUCUCGACUUCAGUAGAUUCACUUGAUCGCCUGAAUAUUCGCCACGCUGGAGCACAGUCAGGAAUCAGGACACGCAUCGGCUACCCGCCAGACAGCACCGCGCAAAACGUUUCCGGAAACCAAGACGCCACCAUUCCAGUAAUAUCCGUUCAAGGAGGUGAACCAUCGCCAACAUUCUUUUAUACGACACCCUUCCCCGAGGCUUCUGGUCAUCAGCUAGAUGCUACCACCCAGGUUACAUCCUCGAACGCCGCUCACCAAUGGGAUGCAGAUACAACCUAUCGAACGGAUUUGAUUCCACCUUGUUAUACACCGGAUGGCGUGUGCUCCUAUUGCCCUUCCCGCGGCGCUAUGCACUCGCAUUCUCUUGGGCCCAAGCCAGGCUAUGGCCACUAUCCUAUGUCCCCACAGCCGUCUAUGUAUUACGCCAUGCCCAUGGCGGGUCCCAUCCAACCCCACCCUGCUCACGGCGCACCUUCAAACAUGGUCAGCGUCGUACCUAUGCCUCCGCGCGGCGCAGUCGGAUACGACUACGUUGACCCCCAACAGCAAGUCAUUCCGAACGGCGCUUGGGGUCCUUUCGAUCCGACCGCCGCAGGUGUUGCGGCGGCGCCAAACGUGGGUAUGGUCCCCAUGCACAUGGGCGGACCGCCUCCCCCGCCGUCACUGACCGUCAACGUGGAGGACGCCACACUAGCUUCCGCGGCGCGUCCAUAUCCGGUGUACAUGCAGAUACGCACCCCUGAGCCAUACCCUAUUCAGCACCCUGGCGUCGAGGGUAAUUCGCCGGGGGUGCCCACGAUGUCGCCCAAUUUAGGCCGUGCGGGUAUAGGUGGGGGUGUGGCGACGACACCGGGUUCGUCUUCGCCGGGGAGCCUCCACGCUGGCGCUCCAGGUGUGCACGAUAGGAACCAGCUCAACUUGGCAAGGAUUGAGGAGGGACUGGAUACGAGGACAACUGUUAUGAUUAAGAACAUUCCGAACAAGAUGAGCGACAUAGAUUUAUUGGAGUACAUUGGGAAGAUCUGCCCCCGGCGCAUUGAUUUUUUCUAUCUUAGGAUGGACUUCCAGAACGGCUGCAAUGUUGGAUAUGCUUUUGUCAACUUCAUUCACGUUCAAGAUCUCUUGCGCUUCGCUAAAGCAAAAUUAGGCGAAAAAUGGAACAUGUUCUCAAGCGAGAAGGUCCUGCAAAUGAGCUACGCCAACUAUCAAGGGAAGGAAGCACUUGUCGAGAAAUUCAAGAACUCUGCUAUCAUGGACGAACGGGAGGCGUGGAGGCCGCGCAUUUUCUACUCCUCGGGGCCAAGCCAAGGCCUGUUGGAACCCUUCCCUCCGCCGACGCAUAUUCGCCGAAAGGAACGAAGCUCUCAUAACCGUGGUGCUCUCUUCGUCCCGGGGGUCAACGGGCACGGUAGUCUGACGAAUGCUCAUGGGCUUUUCCACAGCGCUCGUCGUCCCCGGCGUGAGAACGAAAACGAGAACUCGUAUCGCCAUGAAAACAAGAUGACGUCCUACCACAAAACUCCGAACUACAGGGCUCGUUGA